GACCCCGUUGUUUUUCUAUUAACGAUCGGGAAACGGCAGUCGCGUAAAUUUAGAGCCGCAUAAUGACUUCACUUAUACGGAGAAUCGUCAGAACCGCCAGGGCGCCGAAACCGGUGGCCGGAGCCCCUUACAACCAAGCGGUGGUGUUUAACGGUACGGUGUACUUGUCGGGGGUGCUCGGCAUCAACACGGAGAUGAAGCUGGUGCCGGGCGGGGCCGCGGCGGAAGCCCGACAAGCCCUGACGUCGAUCGGGCAUAUUUUGGACGCGGCCGGCUCGUCUUUCGAGAACGUCCUCAAAAGCACGAUAAUGUUGAACGACAUCGCGGACUUCGGCGCCGUCAACGACGUGUACAAGGAAUUUUUCCGGGCCAAUUUCCCGUCGAGGUCGACUUACCAGGUCGGCAGACUGCCGAUGGGCGCAAGCGUCGAGAUCGAGGUCACCGCGGUGGUCGGCGACGUCGAGACCAUAACCUCAAAGAUGUGAACGCAUUAAAGUGUUUCGUUGUU